UCAUCCUGCACUGGACUUCUCUCUCCUCUCCUCAGCUCCAUCUCUCUGGGUGAAAUCUCUUCUGCUAGAAUGAGGACUCUGUCUGCUCUGCUGAUGGUGCUGCUGCUCUGCUCUCUCCAGCAGGUCUGCAGUGGAAUUGAAGGCAUUGACAUUGAAGAUUGCUGUACUAAGCUGACUAAGUUGCGGAAGAUUCCCUUGGCGCGCAUUGAAUCCCACAGGUGGACCAGCAGCGACUGCCCCAUAAGAGCUGUUGUCUUUGAGAUGGAUACUGGAAAGAGCUUCUGUGUGGAUCAUUCCCUGGAUUGGGUCAAAAGUCACAUGAAAGCACUGGACCAGAAAAAAGCAUCUACAGCAUCAAAACUCUAAACAUCCUCCAAACCCUGAAGCUGAUCAUGUGAAGACUGUUGAAUUUUAUAUACAGUACAUUUAUGCAGUGUUUGUACAGUAAAACAGUAAAAUUUUAUGCAUGCAUUUUACUUAUCUACAUAACACUGUGGAACGAGAUGAUCUGUCUAAUAUAUUUACAAAAAUGUAUCAUUUGUAUUUCUAUUUCUUCAAUAAAGGUGAUUUUACUCCAG